CAAAGACGAAAAUCAAGAAAACCAAAAAACCUACCUCAACUUCAACUUCACCACCUUCAUCAAACCAAUCAAUCAUCUUUAAAAAGUUUUACAAUGACAUUACUUUGGGAUUUAUCUACUAAAGUCUUUGAUCAAUUACCUACCAUUUCAGAUUCUUAUACUCAAUGGAUCCCUCCUCAAUCUCCUCUAUCGACUCCUUCUUCUGUCUUUGCUGCGAUGAUCACUUAUCUUGCUGUAAUCUUUGGUGGUCAAAAGUUAAUGGCCGAUCGAAAACCAAUGCAAUUAAGACCACUCUUUAUGCUUCAUAACCUUUUGUUAUCGGCUGGAUCUCUUUGGCUCUUAGCUUUGAUGAUUGAACAAGUAGCUCCGAUUGUUUCAAACCAUGGUUUCUUUUACGCUAUCUGUCACGUUAAUGCAUGGACUCCAGAACUCGUCACACUUUAUAUGAUCAAUUACUAUUUCAAGUAUUGGGAAUUAGCAGAUACAUGUUUUUUAGUAGCCAAGAAGAAAAGUCUUCAAUUCUUACACGUCUUUCAUCAUACUGCAACAGCUGUUUUAUGUUUUACUCAAUUAGGUGGUAGAACAUCAGUCAGUUGGGUUCCGAUUGUAGCUAAUCUAACCGUUCAUGUGAUUAUGUAUUACUAUUAUUUCACAACUUCUGCUUUUCCUGGUUAUAAACCUUGGUAUAAGAAAGCCUUGACUUCAUUACAAAUCAGUCAAUUUGUCAUUGAUCUCUUUAUUGUUUACUUUGCCUCAUACUCAUACUUUGCUGCUGAAUAUGGAGAUUGGCCAACAAUGGGAACUUGUACCGGUACAGAAGGAGCUGCCCUGUUUGGUUGUGCUUUACUGACCUCUUACUUAUUUUUGUUUAUUGCUUUCUAUCGUAAGACUUAUAAACAAAAUGUUGCAGCAAGAAAUGCGGCAUCUAAACAAACUAGAGUGUUGGCUACUAAAUGAUAAUUUAACUCUAGACCCUUUUAACCGUUUUUCUUUUAAUUCUUUUUCUUUUUGGUGAUAUAUAUAGAUGGAUUCCGAUCAGGUGUUUUCUUUUGAUGUUUUCUUUUUUUCUUUUAAAGUACUCUUCUUCUUCUUCUUCUUCUUCUUUAAAUUAGUUGAUUUUAUUUCUUUGGUUUAAAUCAGUAGUAGAAGUAAACCUCUUAUCCGUAACCAAACCCUUUCCUUUUGUUUUUCUUUUUUUAAACUUUCUAUGAAUUCCUUUUUUUUGUUUUUGCUUUUUUGUUUUUGACUUUUAUUUUUAUUUUAUUUACCUUUUUUUUUUGUCUUUUUGGUUUUCUUUUUAUCUCUUCUGCAUCCUCUUGGUUUUAUGAUUCUUUUUUUCUUUUCUUCUCUCUUUCUCUCUCUCUCUUUAUGAUUUCUUUUCAUGAAAACCUACUAAAAACUUAAUUUAAAGAUGAUUUUUUUUUUUUGG